GGAUAAAUGCAGUUGCUGGAACGUUUAUAUUACCUUGAUGUUAAAUAAGCACUGAGUGAGUGUCACGAAACCUGAAACAAAUCCAGUGCACCAUUGUGGCUUCAUUGAUGUGUUAUCAAGCGUACGCCGUUGUGACAGAGAGUUUGUAGAUGUGGUUAAUAAUUAUUUUCCAGCUGAUAUCUAAGAAUCAACAGAAGAAAAGCAGCGGGCGCCUUCAUGUCCUCCACACUGAACUGCAGUCAUGCUGCUGAACGCUCUGCUCUUAGUGUUGAGCUCUCAGGGCGUCUGGACCAGAAAGUCUGAACCUUCCCUGGAUGAGGCGGACGCGGGGUUCUUCAGGGGAUCGGACAAAUAUGACUUUGCUGUGGAGGUUCCUGCUGCGGGGAUGGAGUGUUUCUGGCACUUUGCUCACCAGAGUGGAAACUUCUACCUGACGUACAUGGUUCAGUGGGUAACAGGGAUGGCCAGUGAUCCCCAGCUGUUUGUGACGGUCAACUCGCCACAGGGUGCUCUCAUGGCUUCAAAGAACGAGGCCGUCGGUCAAAUGAACUUCCAGACUGAGGUGACAGGUUUUUACCGGUUGUGUCUUGGGAACCACAACAACCAGUUUGGAGGCAUCAGGGUCUUUGUGAACUUUGGCGUGAUCUACGAAGGCUUCGAGGAGUCGAAGCGAGAGAUGGAGGAGGGAGAGAUGGUCCUCAACAGCACUUUGGCCGGUAUUGAGGAGAGUGUGCAGAAGCUCCAGAAUCAGAUCUUCCACAUGUGGCGUCAUUACAACUUCGCCCGCAUGAGGAAAGGGAAGGAUCACUACCUGCUCCUGUCCAACUUCAACUACGUCACUUGGUGGUCGGCGACCCAAAGCCUCGUCAUCCUCCUGUCCGGAUACCUGCAGCUCUGCGUCCUCAAAAGACUCUUCCGUACGGACUCCAGCCGGCCGCGAUGCUGAGAGCAGAACAUUCGGACGUCUUUUUGAUCGCUGCUUUGAUUCUACUUCUACUGUCUCAUAUCAGAUUUGUAUUGAUGCAUGUUUGGAAAAGAUGCACGCUAUCUGAAGCUAGAGACUGAAUCACUUCUUUGAUAAAGAGAAAUUUGAGGCCUAAAAAUUCUUUCUUGUUCUUUCUUCUGUUUAUAUAGCCACCCUGACGUUUUACAAG